GUUAUGCAAAUGAGAUAGAACGAAGCCGAGAAGUAGAAUAUCGAAGGCGCAAUUGGAAUCUAUUGGAUAACUCGACGUUUAAUUAAAGAAUAUAUUUCGAGUGAUUGGAAUUACUCGAUUUUUUUAUUUUUCGGAAGAAAAGAAAGUAAAACGCUAUCUUUGCAUUGUCGAAUCUACAGACGACAUGGCCAUGGUUCUAGGUUUGUUCAACGCUCCGGCUUAUCCCAUAUUCAUAACUCACCACAGAGCGGACACUCGAGCGGCCAAGAAGUAUAGAAGUCCGCUUCGACCCAUUCCUCAGUAUCAGUAUUCCAGAGAAGAAUUGUGGGAGUUGGGGUAUCUGUCUUCGUCCAAGCGAGUGCCCGAAGACUUGGAUUGUAGUUUUUACACGGCAUUCGGUAGGUGGAACCCUUCUCUGUACUUCGACGCUAAACGGCGAGAGGAGAACCAAAACCGGCAAGAAAGGCCGAGGAGGAAUUCUUUGGCGGACGGGUACGGAAGGAGGAGAAGCCGAAGCCGUUCUUUUCACCACGACGACCGAGAGACUCCGUGUCAAAUCUCGUUCGGUCCAAGUUCUUGGCAAGGAUUUCCGAGAGCCGUCGACCAGGCCCAAGUUUUCGGAGGAUGUCCGCCGCCCGACGGGGAAGUUUCCGACGUGGAAAGGAUUUACAUCCGCCACCUGGAAGAAUACUUGAGAGCCGUCAUAUUGGGAAGAUCGGAACAGGGCGAGAGCGCCUACGACAAAUUGCUGAAGCUCCUUUCGGACGCGCGCUCGGUUCUGCCUUGCGCUUCUAUCAGCAUCGGGCCUUGGGAUAAGUCCAAGGCCUUGACCGAAGCCGACAUCUUGGGACGUCUUCCCUUCUCCCCGUCCGAUUCUGCCGAAGAUACGACGGACGAUUCCGGAAGAGAUUCCCGCUCGGAUGUUUCUGGAAAAUCUUCUUCUUUGCCGGAGAUCGAUCCGAUAGAAGGAACUUCGGCCUCGACGGAGUACGAUAAUCGCCGAGCGUCCGAAGACUUACGGGAUCUGGCUUCCAUCGCUGGCCCCUUCACUCCCACCUCGGUCAUCAGGAAAGUUCUUCUAGAGAAGACCAGCAAACGAAGAACCCAGAGUGUGUCUUCGGACAGAAACGAUGCGGAAGAUUCCUAUACCGGAAAUCGACCCUAUUUUGGAAAGAAACCCUCCCCUCGACCGGAGAAGACACCGGCUUCCGUUCCGUACUCCGGACUUUACGACGAUUUACGUUAUCCUCUUCGCAACAGAAGUUAUUCGGUGCCGUUACCGCCUACCUCCCCCGACCUUGGCCAGUGGCAGACGCCUAGAUCCUACGGGGCUCGACAGCUGUUGUUGACUCCUUAUUCGUCGGUGGCUUAUCCCGUGGUCAGAGCUUACUAUAGCCAACUGCAACAGAUCCUCAGGUGCGCUAAUUUCUAUUCGUUCAACUAGUCGUUUUGGACCCCGGCCGCCGGACUAUUUUCUGUAUUAAUCGGAUGUUGAAAAAUCCCUUCGUCCAUUGUUCGAUACGCUCUUUUAAGAGAAGUUGGGAAAACCAAAAUUAACAAAAUGGAUCGAUUGGUUUUUUUCUGUUUUUUGAGAAAUUUCUGUAU